AACCCCAAAGGCUACGAAUAGAUAUAGAUCACUGAGAUUUUGAUCACAGCAAAUUUCUUUAAAGGAAGAACAAUGAACAAAAUUGGAUACAGAAUGAACGUCCAAUAGACUUUGAGUAGAUCUGUGGACAGCAGAGAGACACCUUGAUGGAACCAGCUUGGCCAAAUCUUUGACAAGAACAUCAUGUAAGGAAUGCCUAGACUUUAUAUAAGGAGCAGGUAUCUGCACCCAAACUCUUUCUUCUGCAUCUGGCGCCUGUCUGGGAUGGCAUGGUGGCGCACUCGGCAGGAUCUGCGGAAAUGGCUGAGGCUGAGGAACCCCCUGGCUCGGGAAUGUCUGGCUGAAUUCCUUGGGGUGUUUGUGCUGAUUUUAAUCACUGUGGCAGCAACUGCUCAAGGGGUCACCAGCAAUGAGACUAAGGGCAACUUCUUCUGCAUGUACCUGGCAGGGGCUAUUGCGGUGGUUCUGGCCAUACACGUAUCUGGGGGAGUGUCAGGAGGUCACCUGAACCCUGCCUACUCCCUCAGUAUGUGCCUCCUGGGGCGCUUCCCAUGGUGGAAACUUCCUCUCUACACCCUCAUCCAGCUGGUGGGCUCAUUCGCUGGGGCGGCAGCUGCCUUUGCCUUGUAUUAUGAUGCCAUCCAAGACUACACUAAAGGAAACCUGACCAUCUUUGGACCUAGAGAGACAGCGUCCAUCUUUUGCUCUUACCCAGCCCCAUACCUGAGCAUUGCCAACGGCUUCCUUGACCAGGUGAUGGGAACGGCAAUGCUGUUAGUCGGUAUCUUGGCUAUUGUGGACUCCAAGAAUAAACCGGUUCCUCAAGGCCUGGAACCUAUUGUAGUAGGAAUGCUUGUCUUCUCUAUUGGGCUGUCAAUGGGAGCAAACUGUAGUUACCCCAUAAAUCCUACGCGGGACCUAGGGCCGAGGCUCUUCUCUGCUGUGGCAGGUUGGGGUCUAGAUGUCUUCAGAGCUGGUAACAAUUGGUGGUGGGUUCCUGUUGUGGCACCAUGUGUUGGUGCUGUUUUGGGUGCAAUUCUCUACCAAAUCUUUGUGGAAAUACAUCACCCACUGGCUAAAGAUGAAGAGGAGUCCCCCAAAGAGAAAGAAGCCCAGCGGGGAGACAUGAAGGAGGCACAAGUGUUUUCCAUCAGCCUGGAUAAUCCCCUCUCCCACCGUCUGUGAAUGGGGGUUAGUGCACAGGGUGAACAUGCUGACUAUGUACAUACUCUAACUCUGUACUCAUUGUAUGAGAUGGAGGCAGAUCUGAAAUGCCCCUUGUUCCUCUUAAUUUAUUUCCCUACUUUGCACAACUCAACCCUUUUCCUAACUUGCACUAUAUGUCUUACAGCACAAGCCAUUGUAGACCCAAGUCAUCAAUAAAGUGUUUAUUGCCACA